AUGCUAAAAUCCCUGACUCAAAUGGAUGGAAACCAGCCGCAGCCCCAGCUGCAGUUGCUCUGGGAGGACAAAGAAGUCAAGUUUGAUGUUCCUCAGUUACACAAGCACCUUCGCAGCGGAGAGCGUGUCCUGGACUAUAUAUACCACAUUGAAGAUAGCAAAGGAAAUCCGGGUGACACGGGUCGCUUAAUGGUUACAAAUCUCCGGCUUAUUUGGCACUCACUUGUCCACAAGAAGUACAAUCUGUCCAUUGGCUAUGCUCGGAUUGGCAACACCAACACUCGAAUGGUGCACAUGCACUCGAAGGGCCGGAUGGCCAGUCAGGCUCUCUACAUCCUGGCCAUAAGCAACGAGACCCGCUUUGAGUUCCUCUUCACCGACGUCUCGGGCGAAACUUCACGCAGGGAUCAGCCAAUCUUUUCCAGUGUUUUCGAUGUGUAUCAGUUAUACCAACGUACGUAUCUGUACCGCGACUUGAAGUUGCGCGGAGCCAUUGUCCAGGCGGGGCAGUUGGUUAUCCUGCCGGAUGAGCAGGUCUUCAGCCAAGUGCAGGGCGUCUGGAAUUUGUCCAGUGACCAGGGGAAUCUCGGAAGUUUUGUGGUCUCCAAUAUACGCCUUGUGUGGUUUGCCGAUGCCAAUGAGACGUUCAACAUAAGCUUGCCGUAUUUGCAAAUUGAAAGUUUACGCAUCCGUGAGUCCAAGUAUGGUCCUGCUUUGGUCAUCCAAACGGCCGAGACGGGAGGUGGCUACGUACUUGGCUUUCGCAUUGAUCCCCCCGAGCGUCUGAACGAGCUGUUCAAGGAGCUUUGCUCUCUGCACACAAUAUACGGAGAGCAGCCAAACUUUGGCAUCCAAUACAAUGCCCAGGAUGCCCGUCAGCGCUUGGCAGCCGCCGCUGAGGAGGCAGCCCAGAUGCCCCAGUUUAAGGUUGAGAACUUCGAGGAGCUGGAUGAAAGGCAGGAGAGAGAGAUCAACCUCAAACUGAACAGCUACCUAGCCGAAGGAUGUUUGGGAAAGGUAAACAGUGUCAAUGGUGCAGCCGAUCAGGAUGACAGAGAGGAUCCUGUUUACUGCAAGGAACUGGGCUUUGCCAUGGAACGAAUUAGAGAUGGGUACAAGUUACAGGAUCUAUGGAAUGUUAUGCCCACUAAAAUGGAAACCAUUGAGUGAUUACCAGGAUAAUCAAAUGGAGCAUUUACA